CAGACCAGUUUCCGGCUACUACAGCAGCAACACUCGUCGUACACCAACGACCACGCAACACCGCAGAUAUACAUUUAUAAUACGUGAUAAUAAACAMUAAAAGCAAUCGCUAUGGGUUGUAGUCAAAGCAGCGAUGGGGCGGCCAAUUUGUCGCCUUCGUUUUCUAUGCCCGUGCCCGAACAAAGUGAGCACUCAACGGCAAACGGCAGCCAUCACAACAGCAAGGCGAAUGGCACACAAUCGGUGUCAUUAGGUACGUUCCAACAAAGAUAGUCAGUGGRAGUCAUCAGCUUWUUCAUUCUUUUGGACACAAGACAGAACUAACACGCUUCGCUUUUGGUGGCUCAGGAKCGGCAAUCGAACAAACCAAGCAGCCAGAAAAAGCCGUCGUUUCAAAWUCCAACGAAGCGUCGGUGAACCUUGCCCACGGGGGAGCGGGAAAKYCCCAAGUUGUCAGAAACGGGCAGAACGGCAACAGCAGUAUCCGAGUUGGGGCUGCACCGAUUCCGGCAAUGACCAUCAGCAACGGUGGACUCGUGGGGGGGGCMACCGCGGCACUGGCGUCCGUCACGGCUUCCUCCGCGUCGGCAAGUUCUGGGACUUCCGGUUCCUUCGCCGUGCCAACUGCGGAAGGGGCCACCGCGGCUCUUGCAGCAGCAUCCGCGGGCACGGAUGACAUUUCGUCCAUCGGAUCCAUGACGGCGGGUUCGCUGGGGGAAAACAAAUCGAACGACGGAGUCAACGGCAACGCCAACAACAACGGAGCGCUCGAUCGCAGCCACCGCAGCAGCAGUGGGUUGCACCGWAGCCGCAUCUCCCUUGGAAACUCCUCUAGUGUAAUUGGAUUGGAUUCUAUGAUCGAGAGCCGGCGAGAGGAGGGCGGUUUGACGGCWAACGUGGUGCAUAUGGAGGUUCCCUUUGGAAAGCCCAUCGAGGAGGUCUACGAUGGGGUUCAGACUGGUCCUGUCCUUGGRUCAGGAAUUUCGGGUGUCGUCCGCUUGGUCACACACAAGGCCACCGGGGUCAAGUACGCUGUGAAAUGCCUAGAUCUGGGGCUGGUCGACACAGAAGAAGGACUCAUGCAGCUCCGGGAAGAGAUCUAUAUCAUGUGCCAGCUGGACCACCCUAACAUUGUGCGCUUGGAAGAAGUGUACGAGAGCCACUCUGAGAUUUACCUAGUGCAAGAAUUGUGUUUGGGUGGCGAGUUGUUUGAUCGUUUGGACGAGCAACCGGACUAUCACUACACCGAGGCCGAGUGUGCCAAGUUGAUCAAGCAAAUGCUUUGUGCCGUUCGAUACCUUCACAGCAAGGGAAUCAUUCAUCGCGAUUUGAAGUUAGAAAACUUUUUGUUUUCCAGCAGCGCACCAGACUCCGAGCUCAAAAUGAUUGAUUUUGGACUGAGCAAACAUUUUCAAUAUGGGGAAAUCCAGCAACAGGCGGUCGGAACGCCCUACACUGUCGCUCCAGAGGUGAUUCGGGGCCGGUACGACGAACGAUGCGACAUUUGGGCCAUUGGGGUCAUCGCCUUUCUUUUGCUAAGCGGAGAACCACCGUUUGGUGGAUGUGGGGGACCCGAGCCUCUCAUGACAGUCCGCGCCAACAUUCUUAAUGGAGCCUACGAGUUUGAACCCUUCGAGAUCUGGGAUCUGGUCAGCGAUAGUGCAAAGGAUUUCAUCAAGGCCCUUUUGGUUACCGAUCCAAAAUUUCGACCAACGGCUAGCAAUGCACAAAAGCAACCAUGGCUGACAGAAUGGGCCCACAAGACCAAGACCGACAACGAUCACAUUUUGAACCCRAACGUUGUUCGGGCCCUGGUUAACUUCAAGGAAUUUUCGGACAUGAGAAAGCUUUUAUGCGAGGUCCUUAGUUUUACGCUCUUACCUGAACAGAUCAAGGACCUGCGCAAGGAAUUUGAAACCCUGGACACGGAAGGAUCCGGGGAGAUUUCGUUGUUGUCGCUCAAGCAGGUGCUCGUCACGAACGCCGGGGCUGGUUCCCUCGGUGCGCUGACGGAAGAGGAAGUGGAGGACAUUUUCAACGCAAUGCGGGUCAAAAAGACUGAGACGACUAUUCGGUGGCACGAAUUCAUUGCCGCGGGUUUGUCGCAAUGCGAGGUAGACGAUCGAAACCUUCGUCUUGCAUUCGAUCGUUUGGACAAUGACCACAAGGGUGUAAGUGUAUGGGAAAACCGCUACGACAUAGCACGGGUUCUCCCAAACUCGUACGUUUUACACUCGAUGAUGCGUCCUCGUAUAACCAAACCUCUGACCGAGAUUUUGUUUGUCCUUCUUUUUUAGUAUGUAACACUCGAUGAUAUCAUGGAUCUCAUGGGGAGCGAUGCCGUCCAAGGAGAAGAAGCUYUGAGAAAAAUGUGGGGAGAUAGCAUGAAAGAUUGUAACUGCAGUCUUGCUAGAAUCACCUACGAAGACUUUGUUCUGAUUAUGAAGGGUCAGACACGAGAGUUUGAAGAUGGCGAAGGGGUUGCUCGCAGUGAUUCUGGGCAACGGUUGAAYGGUGCACUCAUGCAUGCUGUCAAUGAAGUAGAUGAGGCGGAAACUACUUUGAGAUCUUCGCUUUCCAAAUCAAACUCCAACAGAAAAUCCCUUAGUAUGGAAGAAAAUGAAACUGAUCAAGCAGGAGAAACCGUAAUGGCGUCAACGCCUCAGCUGAUGAAAYCCUUGACCGGAUUCCUGAACCCUAGUGCGCCUGAUGGUGAAUACCAAGAGUCCCCUUUCUCUAUGGACGAUGAUGACGACGUUGCGAUGCCGGCGGCGUUUCCAGUUAUCCCGACUUUCUCUCCUCCGUCUACKCCGAAAAGGGGGCCGUCUUCUCCUCGUACUGAACCAAAGAUAAGGCCGUUAUCUGUUAUGGAUGAAGUAAUGGCGCAGACGAUAAACAGCGAUCCGGAAACAAACAUCCACCCGCUUAUUCCGAAUCCUAAGCCCAACAUCAUCCAUGUGAGGGUAAAAUCGCGAUCCUUUGACGAACGAGAAAUGAAGAAGUCAUUUUGCGAUGUAGAUUCUCGCCGUGCUGUGGCUCUACCUGAACACGAUCCAGAUAUGAGAAAGUCGCUGAUUAUGAAUGACAAACAAAUGAGUGCUCUUCAGGUGAACCGCCAGUUGUAUCGAUCGCACCGCCAAAUGCGCUUGUCGGUCAUUGAUGCGUGUAAGCGAUUCGAAGAUCACCAAGCGAGGCAUGCCCAUGGUGUUCUUCUAGCGGAAAAGAACAUGGCAAGCAUGGGAGCUACUGCCGGUUUGGUAAUGCGCCGAGUGGACAACAAGACCGUUUCUUCCGAAGAGAUCAAACAACGUUUGGAGCAGAACCGAAGACAACAACAGAAACUGAUGGACAAAGCCAACCGUAGGAGUGGCGGAAGGCGUUCUUCGCGCAGGAAAAAGACGGUUUCCGAUCUGAGCACUAUGAUGGGUUCCCUGUCCUCCGAGGAAAUGACCAAAAUAAGCAUACAGGCACAUGAUACACCAAGGACGCCUCUGACUGCCAAUGCACCGAACCGUGUCGAAAAUACGACGAWGUACAAUUCGACGAUAAUCCCYACGGUCAUUGAAACCAAGCCACUGGAAAACACAAGUGAUGAUACUAAUUUUAGACCUGCUACUGUUCCUGGUGAAUUCCGACGGGUGAAUGAUCCGUUUGGGUCACAUGGCAAAUAUGCGUCAAUGAUGACAUCAAAAUGAAUCGAAUCGUUACCGACCAUAACAUAAGAAUCUGGACGGAACAGGAAACGAAAACAUAAAACUGCUUGUUGCAA